GCGAGGAUGUGACCAGUCGGUGACAUAAUGUCGCUGUUUUACGAAACUGAAACAUGCGAAAAGCCAUUACCAAGAUUUUUUUUCGGUACUAUCUUUGGUUUUAGACAGAGUUUAUUCAAAACAUUGAUUUUCUUUAGAAAUAAGGAACAAUUCCUUUUUUUUUUUAAUCUCUGAAAGGUGGAACCGAUUUCUACAGACUUUUCUUGGUAAUUCUAGUUAAUUUCGAACUAGCUAUAAGUAUUGGUGUUCUUUUGGUUUUUGGUUUGCCAUUGCAAAAAUGAAGAAUAAAUACAGCCCUGUUUCAGACUCUGACGAGUCUUUUAAAACGCUCAAUGAUGAAAAGUCAGACGCUAGAUCUUUAGAUGGUACUGGUACGCCUCCUCCGUACUCAGCUCCGAACAAAUUUAUUGAUUUAGAAAUGGCUGAUGGAUCCACUCAGCAUUCUGCCCAAGAGUCCACUAACAUUACUGGGUCGAAUUCGACAUAUUCAAAGUGGGUUUCAGCGAAUAUCUUCUUUUUUUUUGCGUCUCUUGUGUAUGUUGUAACUUAUUCUAUUUUUCUCGUGGUGUUUUUUUAUUUCAAGAUUCCUGUGAGGACGGAAACCUUUUGGGGACUUUCGGUUACCUGUCCAGCGUCCAUUGUAGUAUUUCUCUAUUCAAUUUCUCAAAUUCCUAAAGAAUGGUUCAAGCAAAUUGGUAGAGUGCUGUCCAACAUGUGUGCCGCAGUAUUAUGUACGGCCUCUCUGAAUGUCCCUUGUUAUUCCGUGUAUUAUUUUGUAAAGAAGGUAAUAGGAUUUGAAAAGAUGGACAAAGGGUUUUUCUAUUUUGUUUGCAUUGUUAACGUUGCCGUGUUUGUUUUAUUUUGGAGUACGACGGAUACGCGACAACUUCGAAUAUUCAUUGCUGAUUUAGGAAAUGGCAUGGGAAACGGCAUGGGAAACGGCAUAAGAAAUGCUGCGAAUUAUGUUCGACCGACAGAUCCAGAAAAUGAAGCACCUCGUAACGAGGAAAUCGAGCUUCAACCUUUUGCUGGGCAAAGCGCUGAAGUUUGAGUUUUAACGAAUCUUUUCCAUCCCUCCUAUGAAUCACAUUUUCCUUGGAAGCAUUCAUAUCAAUUGCAAUCCCUCGAGUUUCUGCAUUCUUGUCCACAAAAGUAAGCACAGCUUCAUUCGGCAGGUUGGAUUGCUUUUCACGUUCACUCUUUUAUGAAUCUAAGAAUUCGUCUCGCAAUAGUGUUAUUUAUGAAUCGUUCGUUUUCUUUCUGACGAACAUCCUUGUUAAAGCAACCUUUUUAAUGAUUAUUUAAUUGUUAUGGCGAUAAUCUUGCAAAAUAAUCAACCGAUUUCUAAUUCAAAGCUGGACAUAUUCAGAUUAGCCGUUUCAACUAAUGUAGUUUAAUAAUUUACUUCUCAAACUACAGCUUCGUCAACUGCUAUAAGUUCAGACAUUCGGUCUCAUACCUCAGCGACAAUUUAGCACAAUGUGAAUAGCUAGAAAAGAGAAAAACAGUGUGCUUUAAUCUUUUAAGUAUCAAAACCAUCCUCUAUCAACUUUGUAAAAUCUAAGAUGAUGAAUACCCACUACAAAUACAAAUACCUUUAGUUACACAUUUCGAAUGUCUACGGCCACACCUAGGCGAAAACACCAGUUCCCGUCCGAUCACUGCAGUUAAGCGUCUGAGGGUCUCGUUAGUACUAUGGUUGGAGACAACAUGGGAAUCCGGGAUGCUGUAGGUUUUUACUAUUUUGUACAACUACUGUUGACAAGGCAUUUUGGAUAAACGUUCAAUACUGUCCUGUGUAUAUAAUUUCACUAUCCCAGGAACAACUGAAGAACAGCAAUUCAAGAAUGAAAUGAUAAAUAGGACUACGAUUUACAUCGUUCUUCCCAGUUCUCCUUAAUAUUUAGUCGCGGUUUGUUCAUUAUUUACGUAAAACCGAAUUUUUAUCUCAAUGAUAUUCGUAAGUUCAGUAGGACACUGAUCAAGAAAAGGGAAGUACAUUGUUCAUCAUCAUUUUCAGUUGUAUUUGACGAUUCCAUCGCUCAUUUAUUUAGAUAAAAGGGAUAACUUUCGCUUCAUUCGCUCCAUUGUAGACGGUUUUAAUCCCGAUCAACGAAAGAUUUCGUUGCUGUUUAAAGAAGAAAUACGACUACUCCCCCAAAAGUAGAUUACAUUGGAGCUAUGUAACUUACGGAAUGGCUUAAAAGGGCAUUGUUAUAAACCUUCCUUGUUUCCAAUUAUAGGCAUCGGUCAACGUUUUGUUGAAGGCAACAGUAUCAAUAUUUUGUUAGCUGUUUUAGAUAUUGAAAUUCGCUUUCCAGGAGGCAAAUAUGCACUAUGCGAUGCAGAUUUAGAUUAAUUAAUCUGGACUUUUCUAUUGCCUCUAGAGGAUUUCUUUCCGAGCACAAGACGAUUCUUUAAUCAAUUACCGGAGGUCUACUAAUGAAUUGAGUGAGUCGGAUCAUUACGUUCAAAUGUUACCGAUGGUAAUUGUAAACAGCGCAGGAGGAUCCGGGAAUAGUUCUCUGUCUGAAUUCCGAAUUUGAACCCUCGGGCUAUCGUAGCAAACGUGAAAGGUCUUUUGAUCAAUGGACCUUUGCUAGACAUGUCUCCUUGGUAUCAAGGAUUUCAUGGUAGCAUAGAAAGUUUCUCUGAACGAAUACCGUAUUAGCGGUAUAAACAAUAAAUUAAGGGAAUCACAACUGGAAAGAACAGACUUUCACCGAGCGAUGGAUUUCGGUAACUCUUAUAUCAGCUAAGUGAAUUUAUGAGACUACUACUUAAAAAUAUUACACUGGCUUAUUCUGUGGCUGAAAAGCAACCAUUUCCGUUUAAAAUUUAUGUUUAUGUUUGGAAUAUUACGAAGAGAGAGAAUCUAAUUAAUUUCAUACAUGUCACAGACGGAACCUUUAAAGAAACCAAUCUGGCUGUUUUAAGACGAGCAUAAACAAUUAGCAUGGGAACAUUAAGUUUAAAGAGCAAUAUUAUGCUACUUUUGUCCUAUGGCUUAUGUUUGUGCGUAUAUCUAUAUACCUAUAAAGGUUUCUUGGGUUUAUAAACUCGUAGUAGCAAACUAUUCUAUUUGAAUUUUGGCAAGUCUGGAUUGAUUAGAAAAAGUAAACAAUAUGAUUUCUUUAAUGAGUAGUAAACGAAAAGCCAUCUAUAAUCUAUCUUGCAAAUCAUGGUGAGCCAUUCAAUUUAUUAAUUAACAAUAGACAAUACGCAUAAUGAUUGAUUUAUAUUCUUUUUUUAUGGUAGUUAAAUCCUGCUUUAUAAUACUGAAUCUAAGCACUUUGUUUCAUUGCACCUUGAGCAUGCUUUGCAAGAGAUCCCGAGUCAAUUUUGUCGAAAACGCCUAUGCGACGAGAUGAUAUAAACUUGGUAGUAAUAUUACAUUAAAAGGAAAAAUAAGUUUCUUCUUUCACUUAAAUGGGAACUGCAUUGUCAUUUAGUAAAGACAUGGACGUCGCAUUUCGCGUCCUGACGUUUGUUUACAGUCAGACCCUAUAAACAAAAACAGCAAAAAAAGCAAAGUCAGCAUAAAGCCAGGAAAUAAUACAUAAACAGAACAUAAAGUUCUAAAAAAGAAUCAAUAAGGCUGUCUUCAAUGUAUGCUCUUUUCUUAUAUGCACUGUGAUUUCGUUUGUUUAUACCUGGCAAUGGAUGUAAACAAAACCAUUCUUCUCCCAUCUCUUCAGCUAUUGAGAAAUCCAAAGGAAAUAUCUCUUUUUUAAUAAAAUUUGUUACUAUCAUG